CCACCGCCUUCAAUCGUUCCUUCCACUUAUUGACUCUAAAUCUCAACAAUCGAUCGACAAUGGCGGCAGAUCAUCGGAGCAGCGACGACAUCAGAGACGAGCCGGUGGCUCCGGUCGACCGUCUCUUCCUCCAACCGCAGCUCGAUACAGUCAUAAAUUGCGCCAUGGUCUGCGAGAAUGAGAUUCCCCUCGAUUCCGUCAAAUCCGUGCUCCAAAUCUUUUCCCUGAUGGUUCACCCCAAGUUUUUCAGCCUCGUGGUGAGAGAUUCCGCCGGCCGAGAGUACUGGCGGAGAACUGAAGUCGACAUCGACCGCCACCUGAUAUUCGUCUACCGCCGCCUCUCCGACGAUCCUGACGAAGACGCCGUGAACGAUUACCUCGCGGAUCUGUCGAAUUCGUCGCCGCUCUCCACCGAGAAACCGCUGUGGGAAAUCCACUUCCUGGUGGCGCAUAAAACUAUGGUUUUCCGUGUGCACCACGCGCUGGGGGACGGCGUCUAUUUAAUGGCGAUGCUGCUGUCGUUGUGUAGGAGGAUUGACGAUCCUUUGCAGACGCCGACGACUAUUGGAGCCGUCAAAACGUCGUUUAUGCGGAGGCGGUGGAACGUUCUAAAGCUGUUGAAGAUGGUUUGGUUUACUGUGCUUUAUGUUUUAGAAACACUGUUGACGUUACUCUGGCGAAGAGAUAAAAGGACUGCCGUGAGUGGCGGCGAUGGAGCAGAGCUCUGGCCGCGGAAAGUGGCGACGGCGAGGUUCCGAUUGGACGACAUGAAAACCGUCAAGCGUGCCCUUCCAAGUUCGACAAUCAAUGAUGUUCUUUUCGGGAUAAUAUCAAGUGGCCUUUCAAAAUACUUAGACACCAGAUCUUCAACCAACGGUUUAAAAGAGGGUGACCAAAUUACCGGAGCUGCGAUGAUAAAUUUGAGACAACAUGACUUAUCAAGUUUAAAGAACGUCCAUGGCAACACUCAGCAUGGAAAUAUGUUUGGAGUUAUUCUUUUACCUGUUUAUUACCACAAGCGUAGCUCGAAUCCUCUCGACAAUUUGAAGAGAGCCAAGGCAAUGAUUGACAAGAAGAAGCUCUCGUUGGAAGCCAUUUGCACUUAUGUAGCCUCCUUUUUGGUCACAUAUUUCUUCGGGACUAAGCUCGUUAGCAUCCUUAUUUACCGUAUCUUUUGUAACACGACAUUUAACAUCUCCAAUAUGGUCGGACCGGAAGACAAAGUAACGCUUUCAGGCAUCCCUGUCAAGUACAUUCGUGUGGCACCGAGCACCCUUCCUCAAGCGAUAACACUGAAUAUGGUGAGCUAUGCCGGAUAUGCGGACAUGCAAAUCUUGGUGGCGAAAGAUAAGAUCCCGGACCCUAAAGUCCUCGCCAAGUGUUUCGAAGACGCCUUGUUGGAGAUGAAGGAAGUUGCUGCUUCCACAAUGUGCUGAAAUGACUUGAAGUAAAAGGUGCUACUUACAUACUCCAUACUCCUUGUUCUUGUUUUAGUUAAAAACAAGAACAUGUGUGUACAUGCCUUGGGAUUCCAUCAUCUAUCUACUCUUGCAUUGUCAUUGUAACAAAA